CCUCAUCUUCCCAGUUUCCCUCUCUCUCUCUCUCUCUCUCCCCCCACACAAACAUUUCCUCACUCUUAUCUUCUCCCGCGGGCACUUAAAAUGGCUUCCCGGACGGUUCUGUGCACCGCAUUGCUCCUGGUGUCGCUAAUGUGCGUUGCUGAAGGCAGAAUCCCGGGCAACUUCAGGGGCGGACCGUGGCAGAGCGCCCAUGCCACCUUCUACGGUGGCUCCGACGCCUCCGGCACCAUGGGUGGGGCCUGUGGGUACGGUAACCUAUACAGUCAGGGUUACGGGGUGAACACUGCAGCACUGAGCACGGCCUUGUUCAACAACGGGUUCAGCUGCGGGGCGUGCUUCGAGAUCAAGUGCAUGAAUGACGGCCAGUGGUGCCACUCUGGCAGCCCCUCCAUCUUGGUCACCGCCACCAACUUCUGCCCGCCGAACUUCGCCCUCCCCAACGACAAUGGUGGGUGGUGCAACCCUCCCCGGCCCCACUUCGACCUCGCCAUGCCCAUGUUCCUUAAGAUCGCUGAGUACCGAGCCGGAAUUGUCCCCGUUUCUUAUCGCCGGGUGCCAUGCCGAAAGCACGGCGGGAUCAGGUUCACGAUCAACGGAUUCCGGUACUUCAACCUGGUGCUGAUCUCCAAUGUGGCCGGUGCGGGAGACAUAGUGCGUGUUAGCGUGAAGGGCUCGAAGACCGGGUGGAUGAGCAUGAGCAGGAACUGGGGCCAGAACUGGCAGUCCAACGCGGUGCUAGUCGGCCAGUCGCUCUCCUUCCGGGUCACAGGCAGCGACCGGCGGACAUCCACUUCUUGGAACAUCGUCCCCGCAAACUGGCGGUUUGGUCAGACUUUCACCGGCAAGAACUUCAGGGUGUAGGGAUUUGGAUCGAUGCGUCCGAUGACUUCCCACUGUGCCACAUUUUCCACUUUUCCCCUCGGUUCCAGCAUGAUAUUUAACUUUGGUGUUGGAGACUGUGAAAGUCGGUUUUUCUGGUGAGUGGGAGAAGGCUGUUUUUGACUUUAUGUUUGUGGGGUGGGGUGGGGUUUAUGACUGAGGGUGAGUGGGAAUUUAUUUUUAUUUUUAUUUUUAUUGACUAUAAUAUGUAAGCUUAGCUUAGUACUAGUAGUGGAGUAAAUGAAGGAAAAGGGAGGGAAGGGUAGGGAUUAUUGGUGGGAGGCUGAGGCGGCUGCACAAACAUGCAGCCCGCAGCUGAUUAUAUAUAUAUAUAUAUAUAUAUAUAUAAUAUAUGUCAUAUGUAAUACCAAAGUCUGGUAUUCAAUUCUCACAAGUCAAGACACAUAUGUAUGUAUGUGUUUUAGUCCUUUAUUAUAACUAGACUAGAUGAAUCAUAGUGUUUGAUUGACAAGUGUAAUUUCAAGUCGUACCAAGUUAUAAUAUAAUGCAGUUGGUGUGUCA